CGACGGCAGACGAUGGCGUGCCUGGUGGGUAGGGCAUCCUUUACGCGAAACGGCAGGCCUUCAACAACACGGCCAUAGUCUCGGAGUGAGAGUCCGCAUAUCGUACGGCGGAGGAACCUUUUCGUCUGUCUGCACUUUCAACGUGUUGUCUGUCGCUCUUGCGCGAGGUGAGGUGUUGUUCUCUGAUCCUCUUUGUCCGAUUCCUUCACUUCUUUGCACAAAACCUUUGUUCGAUAUUGCUUUGCUGGUCAAGCUUCUUUUAACCCCUUCUUUGUACGAGCAGCGGCCUUUGAGCUGCAUUUCUUGACAUAAUAGCAAGUCUGGUGUGCUGUGCACUCGCCAUAUUCCCGACUGGUUUUCCCACAGUCCUUGACGGCAUACUCUCUCACAUACCGCAAUUGCAGGCAAUUGCUCCCAAUAUUCACGACUCUCACGGCAACGAAAACGAUCUCAAAAUCUAGACUAUUCAUAAGAAAAUCUUUCUCGCGCGCGCGAAACUUCCCGAAAUGACUUUCUCGAGCUGCUUCGAGAAAAAAAUGAACGAGCACAUGCACGACGACGGCCAGCCUGAACGAGCUCCAUCCGAGUUUGAGGACACGGAUAUGGCGAUGAAGAAGAAAGGUCUUUCCUCACCACAAUUUGACGACGACGAAUUCAAUGAGAAGAGACGAAGCCAGCCACCACGGUUCUCGACCAUAUUUGGAACCGGCUCUACUCCACCACCACCACCACCGCCACGCCAACACUUCCAAGAGUACUACCCCGAGGCGCGAAAGAAGUCUGGCGUCCACUUGUCCAUGCCUGUGUUCAUCUUCUUCGUGGCAAUUCUCUUCUUCUCCUGGACCAUCAUCUUCGCCUACACCAUCAUCGGCCUUUACAAUAAUGCGCCAGCUCGUCUCUUCCCUUGGGCUGGCCAGGGCGCGGCGAGAAUGGCAGCAGCUUGUGACUGCAACACAGUGCCGCCACAGACGCAGCCCAAUGUCAAUAUUGCACCGAAUUUCGUCGUCCCGCAUCAAGCAAACUCUAGCCCGCAGAUGAUUACCAUUACUGCUUCACCAAUUACCGUCACGGCAACGCCCAGCACUGUCACUGCCACACCUAGCACCAUCACCAUCACGCCCAGUACCUCAUCGACCACGACAAGCAGUAGCACCGCCUCCUCCUCCUCAACAAACAACCCCGCACCAGCCAUCGCGUCCGAAAUCGCCGCCAUCCUGGGAAGUAUCUCCAAAACCACAUCUGAAUCCAUCGCCAUCGUCACAGCCAGUGCGACAAGAUCCACCGUCACAUCCGUGAAGUUGAUCACACAGGAUGCUUCCGGAAACGUCAUUUCUGCUACACCUGCUCCGACCGUGACAUUGACUACAGUUGUGGAUCCACCUGCUGCAAGUGGAAGUGGAGGUGGAAGUGGGGCUGGUACGAGUGCGGCAACGAAGACGACGAUGGAGCCGAUUGUCAUUGUGCCGACGACUAUUUCGUAAUGCACGAUACGAUUAAGGGGUUUGUGAAAGAUGGGAAUGGAAGAGAGGCCAUUGAUCGGCGGACUACUGAAGACGGACCGAUCGGGUAAGUGUGGACAGAUGAUUUGUGUGGAGAUAAACAAAAGUAGGUAGGGAUAGAACACUCCAAUAUGAUGGAUACCGAUACA